GAGACCAGAUAUAGUGAAUGCAGGGUUCGGGGAGACCAGAUAUAGUGAAUGCAGGGUCCGGGGAGACCAGAUAUAGUGAAUGCAGAGUCCGGGGAGACCGGAUUUAGUGAAUGCAGGGUCCGGGGAGACCAGAUAUAGUGAGUGCAGGGUCCGGGGAGACCAGAUAUAGUGAAUGCAGGGUCCGGGGAGACCAGAUAUAGUGAGUGCAGGGUCCGGGGGGAGACCAGAUAUAGUGAGUGCAGGGUCCGGGGAGACCAGAUAUAGUGAAUGCAGGGUCUUGGGUUUAGUAACACCUUAA